CUCCUAUUAAAAGCCAAGCCUGGUUCUCUUGUAUGGCAUAUUAUCAACCUUAAACCAUUAGAGGUUAAGAAAAAGCGAUAUAGAAUGAAGAAGAUCAUUAGCUCUCGAGCAUGCUUUCUUGCAUUGUUUUUCCUUUUAACUCAUUAUCGAGGAAUCUCAGCUCAAACAUGUAGACCAAGCGGUCGAAUCAUGGGUAAGAAACCUCCUCCAGGACAAUGCAACCAAGAGAAUGACUCUGAUUGUUGUGUCCAAGGAAAGGCUUACACGACCUACAAAUGUUCACCAUCGAUUACAAGUAAUACUAAGGCGGUCCUCACUCUCAACAGCUUUCAAAAAGGCGGCGAUGGGGGAGGCCCAUCUGAAUGUGACAAUCAGUACCAUUCCGAUGAUACACCUGUUGUGGCAUUGUCCACCGGAUGGUACAAUAACGGGAAGAGAUGUCUUAAUGAUGUUAUUGUUAGUGCAAAUGGGAAAAGUGUAAGGGCAAUGGUGGUGGACGAGUGCGACUCCACAAUGGGAUGCGAUGAUGAUCACGACUAUCAACCUCCAUGUCCUAACAACAUCGUAGAUGCAUCUAAAGCUGUGUGGAAAGCCUUGGGAAUCCCCGAAGGGGACUGGGGAGAGCUCGAUAUCACAUGGACCGAUGCUUAA